AUGCGUGCUACUUUCAUCCUCGCUGCCUUCGCCGCUGUGGCUGCUGCCCAGUCUUCUUCUGCUGCUGUUCCUGAGGAUGCCUCUGGUGUCGAGACCACCGGCGCUGUUGAGACUGGCAGUGUCAGUGCCACUGCCACUGCCACUGGCGGUUCCGAGACCGGCUCAACUGUCAUUCCCACCGUCACCUCUCAGCCCGUGAUUCCCUCUGGAACGGCUACAGAAGCCCCCACUACUCCCACCGCCAGCGGUGCUGAGUCCUCCGGUGCUGUGACCGGCUCCAGCUCUGCUGCUGGCUCCUCUACCCUCGUUACCAAGUCGAGCAGCGCUGCUAAGAGCUCCUCUGCCACUGCAACUGAGACCUCCACCAAGACCAAGUCGACCGAUGAGUCCACCAGCACCAAGGGCUCUUCCUCCAAGUCUAGCUCCGCUGCCUCCAGCACCUCUGAGGGAGCUGCCGUCCCCAUGGCCACUGCUGGUCCUCUCGGUCUCAUUGCCGGUGCUGCCAUCGCUGCUCUCCUGUAA